CACACAGUGAAACUGCAGCUGGAUUAAGCUCUUCGUUUGACAAGUAGCUUCAGUUUUAACACUUGAAACUUUGCUUUUCGCAGGAAAAAUGAACCGUCGUAACAAGUUUUCAGUGAACCCGUCAGUCGUGCCCAAAGCACCAGUUUCAGGACCCAAACAGGUGCUAAGUUCAAGAGUCCCUCAGGCCUUCGUGGAGGCCAUGAAACGGAUCUCAGCCUCUGACACGAACCCUAACAGCCAAACAGAGGCGACGACAGUGGAGCAGAAAGGCUCAGCUGGGUUGUGGAAGUCUUCAUUCCAGGCGGCUGACAGUAAAGGUGGUAACUCUCAGGAAAAAAGCACGAACAGUGCAGAGAGGACUCAGCUGUACGAUCCCAGCAGCCCUCUGUCAUCUGAUUCUGAGUCUGAGAUCUUAAAGGCUCAACACCACCAGCCCUCCUCUAAUAUUCAGGAGAAAAGCAUCGACCGCCAGAGGUUGUCUCCAAACAGACAUGAAAGCAGCCGCUGGGCAUCACGCUUCUCUGAGCCAGGCAGGCUGCCUGAAGGCCGUGCUUACGGCCCAGAAACUCAGUCACUUGACCGUCCAGGUUAUGGCUUGAAGAGCGGACCCCCAGAGCAAAGAGGCUGCAGUCCUGACAGGGUCCGUCACAGCUCCUCCUCCAGCCAGGUGUUUCCUGAACCUUACAGAGGCCGGAGGAGUAACGGGGAGGAGAGAACCCAGCCUGAGUACAGGAGAGAGCAGGUGACCCCCACCCUCAGGUCCUCCCCACCCAGGUUAAAGAGAGACCACCCACAGCGGGGUGGUGCAGAAACAGCAGGACUGGACCAAGAGCCACCGCCCACAAAGGUGACAAGAGACACAGACAAACCUGUAACUGUGGACAGGUGUCCCAUCACCUGCGACCUGUGUGACGUAGAGCUGGCCAACGCUCAGGAGCUGGAGGAUCAUCUGGACUGUAGAAGUCACUGGAAUACUCUGGAGCACAUUCAGCAAAAUAAUAAAUAUGAUGACCUGGCAAUAGCAUUCCUGCAGGAAGUCAUGUUGUAUAAAAGCCGUCACUGUAGCCGAGCAGUAGAAGAGAAAACACUUCAAGCUCUGCAGGACAAGGAUCACAUGACCAAGGUGGAGAUGUUUCACUGUGCAGCUUGUAAAGUCUAUGUGUCCACAUCUGCAGCUGACGUGCACACUCACGUUAGCUCUCAGGGUCACCUGUCCAACAACAAGGAGUUUGAAGCUCGGCAGAGACAUGCUUGUCUUCACAAAGCAGCAACCAUGCUGAAGGAGCUCAGUCCACAGUUCAAACACUUCCUGAAGGGUGGCUCCCCGUUUGAAUGACUUCAUGGAUCCAAACUGUCUCAGUCCUCAUUGUGUCUUUAUCUCAAUAAAAUGUAAAGUUUUUGUACCAUA